GCAAACAGCGGUCGCGGUAAAGCAAACAGAAACAGUAGCAGAAGCAGCUGCAGCGACGCAAGCAAUUAAUUAGUAUAAAUUACUAUUUAAAGCAGGGCAACAUUUGCAAUAGAAUAUAUCGUAUAUACUAUUUCAAAAUACAUAUUUCGAAACAAUACAAAACUAAAAUGCUGACCAACACUCACCGGAUCAUGGCCAGCUCUCUGCUGCUGUUGCUAAUCGGCCUGCCAGUUAUUCGAGCCGAUCUCAUGUGCUACGUCUGCGAUGACUGUGAACAGCUGCCCAAGGAUGCCCCUCUGCUGGCCUGCAACGAGGAAUUCUUCAAUCCCGGCGGCAGCACAGAGGCCUCCACGGUGACCACCACCACGACUACAGAGGCCAGCACCACGGCCAUGAGCACAGAGGAAACAACCACGCCUGAAAUGACCACAAUAAGUGCCGAAACGAGUCCUCAAACCACUGAAACCACGACCACUACGCCGGUGGAGACGACCACACCGGAGCCCACAACCGAGAGCAGCCAGAGCACGGAGAGCACCCAGAGCACCGAGGCCCCAGCGCCCACACCGCCCACCGCUGGACCCGUGCAGACCACCACAGGAGUGCCAACGCCGCCCGCCGAGGAUCUAUUCUUUGUCGCCGCCAUGAACGCCACCCGACUGGUGCCUGUGGAGAGCUCCACGCCCUCGCUGGCAGUCCGCCAGCGACGAGCGGUGGUGGAUACGGAGGUCACCUAUCACUGCUACUCCGUUCAGGUGGAUGUUAACGGCACUAUGAGCACGAAUCGGGGCUGCUCCCGGGUGAGCACCUAUGAGGGCGUCUGCGAUCUCCUGAAGAUCCAGAACAACAACACAGAGUUGGCCAACUGCAAUCCCUGCAGCAUGAAUGCCUGCAAUGGUGGCAAUGCCGUCAGGACCUCCAUCCUGGCCACACUCCUGGUGGCCUUUGUGGCCUUCGCCCUGCAGCGAAACUAAGUACCUAAUCUUCAUCCAUCCUCCCGGUGCUUAAAAGACACACUCAUCAUUUAAUAUUAAAUUUAUGUAAUUCUAAGACACGCGAAUAUCGAAAUAUAUAUAUAUAUAUAUACUAAAAACUACAUUUAAAUCUAACCAAAUGUAAAGCUUACGCCGAACACUUAAUAAAUAAUAUGUAAUUAU